AUGAUCGGUUCGAUUAUGAAGGGAUAUCGCACGCUAAAUGUGGAUGAAAUUAGGAAACGUCGAAAUGCAAAGAAGGCCACUAGACUCUGUAUUCUUCUUAUCGGCGAAAGUGGGACAGGAAAAGCAACAUUUUUGGACAAUCUCUGUGGCAAGAAGAUUUUUCCAACUGGCAAUGAUGUUAAGGCGUCAGAGACAUCGUACCAUAGUCUUCGUAAGACCAAAAUAACUGUUAUAAGUGAAAAAGUCCAGCUUGAAGAUAACGCAUUUUCACCUGUGGUACUUGAUAUCGUGUUAUUUCCAGGCUGUGGUGAUCAUAUCAAUAAUUCGAAAACGCCUGAACAAAUCGCAGGAUACCUCGAAGCCCAAUUUUCAUCAAUUCUUAGUGAAGAAGUCCGAAUUAAAAGGAAUCUCGGGAACAGAGAUAAUAGACCUCAUGUUUGCCUCUACUUCCUUACGGCGAAUUCAAGAGGUUUAAGAGAAUUAGACAUAAGGCUUAUGCAGGAACUAGGAAAGAGAACCAACUUGCUCCCAGUCAUUUCUAAAGCAGAUUUACUUACAGAAGAGGAGCUAAAAAAUAAUAAGAAGCUGAUAAUGCGGGACUUAUCAGCGCAUAAGAUUAAUUUUUUUGAUUUCAAAGAUGAUACGGUGGAAGACAACUUGAUGGAAAUCGAUCAUAAUAGCAGCAUCCGCAAAAAUACCGAAUUUCCAUCGGCAAUGUAUAUUAGAGAUAUAAUGCCAUUUUCUAUUAUCUGCAGCGAAGAUAAAACUGCAUCGGGCUCAGGUCCUACUCAACAUAUUCGAAAACAUCCUGGAGGUAAUAUAAUUGUGGAGGAUCCUAAAAAUUCUGAUUUCAUUUUUUUGAAAGGCAUACUUUUGGGAUCUCAUUUAGAAGUGUUCAAGGACUAUACAAACGAGGUGUUUUAUGAAAGCUAUCGCACAAGCGCUCUUACAGAGCAGCAGAACUGCAUGGAUGGAAUUUUUAUGUCGGCACAGAAGGAAACAAUGGAUCGACCUGUUUCAAUUUCAAAUUCGACACGUAGGAAUGCAUUCAGUGUAUCGGGAGACUUUCCAAAACAAUCUCCUGCUGAAGUGCCAUUAAAGUGCGAUGGGCUCGAGGAAAAGAAUAAUAUGAUUGCAGCAUAUAGAAAAAAAAUCGAGCUUUUGGAGAAAAGACUAAAAGAUGGCACAGAUAUAUGA